GAAAUACGCCUCUUAAUUCUUUUCAAAACAGGUUUCAUAAAUCUCAAUUAAAUAUAAUAAUUUACAGCGAUUUAUAUAAUAACAAUAUAAUAACAUUGAGUGAUAAUCACGUUGUCGUUCGAAUUCUAACCACAGUUUUAUCCGGAGGAAAGAAUUAAAAAGAAAUAUAAUUCUAACAUUUCUAUACUUCUCCAUUUCAAUUACUCUUACAUAUAAUCGACUACAAUACUUUAUACAAUAUUAUCUAAAAGAAUCAUUCGUAUAAUUCCAUCCCCAUUGGUAAAACGGAUGAUAAUUAAUUUCGAAUAAUAAUUAAAGAGUAAAAGAUAACGAAUUACGUAAUAACACUUGCGACAAAGCUCAGGGUUCUCUCACGAAUUCUCCGCGAAGCCUAAGCAAUACGCCUUUGGAGAAACCUUUUCUCGCGUAUUACGUUACGCAUAGAUUAAAAAAAAAAAAAAAAAAAGAAUGAAGGAGGGGGCGGUGCACGCAAUACGCGAAAGCUAAGCCGUACCUCGACCUCUGGCUGAUACCAGUCGAUUCCUCGUUGUCCCUAUGCGAUGAAACGAUCCGGAUUAUCGUCGCUCGGUUAAUUUUCGCAUUCGAUCGAGUUAAUUACACGCGUUUACGACGCGUCGAAGAUUGUAAUUAGCGGUGGACGCGCGACGAUCGAUUCACCGGUUCACCAGGCUUUCAUAAUUACUACCUACCUAGCCACACUAGUGGGUGAAGGAGAGAUAGAUAGAUGGAUAGAUAGAGAGAGAGAGAGAGUGAGUGGAUAAUCAACAGGGAGCUCGUUGAUCGGCGAUUCGACGACAGAGGGUGGUCAUCAGGGCUUCCACCGAUUAUCGAAUCGAUUUUUGCCGUGUUCAAGUGUGCAAGUGUUGCGUUGAUUGUUGAUCGCGGAAAGAAUUGCGCGUGAAAAUUGUGGUCGUGGUCUCGACGACGACGAGUGCAAACGGAGGAGACAUGCCUUCCUCGGAGAAGACUUCGUUGACCGGCGAUAAUCCGUCCAGGGUUUACUACGGUCAAGACGCGUUGCCGUUUUAUUCUCAUAGGAGGAGGAGACAACUGUUGCGGAUUCGAUGUAUCGCGUACACGAUCGCGGUAGCGAUCUUCACCAUGGCUCUCGUGGUGACGGUGAGCUACUCCGUGAGCCACGACAUGAUGGACGCGGGGCCGAAUCUGACAGCCCCCUCGUUCGAGUCCAACGCGAAUCUUACCAGAUCUUUGAAGAAACUGAAGCUAGGCUUCGCCCCCGGAUCCGGUUCGUACACGUUGUUCAGCAACCCGUCCAUCGCCCCGUCCAAUUCAAUCUUCGUGCCUGGUCAACAACCGUCGAGAGAAACCGUGACGAACCGGGGAUUGUCCAAGGAGGAGGUGAGAGAGGGGUUGAAAGCUGGCCGCCAGGCGGUUACCGAGCGACUGUUCACGGACGCUUCAACGUCGCCGUUGACCUCGCCGUCGCCUGAAACCAGGCAUCGUCACGCGGUCAGCACCUGCGUCGAUGCCGGCACCCUGGCCCUGGCCGCUGUUGCCGAGCUUGCGGCAACGAGAAAGAUCGAGAAAUUGAGGGAGAGCCAGGGAGAGCCGUCCGCCGUUGGAAGCUUCUUCGACGCAGGAUGGAAAAUUUUUGGCGCGUGCAAGCAACUGACCACACCGGACUGUCCACCCACGGCCAAAUACAGGACCUUCGACGGAAGUUGCAACAGGCCUAUGCAGAUGGGAGCAGCGAUGACGCCUUUCAUAAGACACUUGCCACCUAAUUACGGGGAUGGCAUCAACUCGCCCCGCAGAGCCGUCUCAGGCGCCGACUUACCCUCGGCGAGGGAGGUCAGCCUGAUAGUGCACAAACCUUCGCCGAGCAGCAACCCGAGCUUCACAGUGAUGCUGGCCGUUUACGGCCAAUUUCUGGACCACGAUAUCACCGCCACUGCGCUCAGUCAAGGUCUGAACGGCACCUCGAUCCCGUGUUGUCCGCCGUCCGACGCUCAUCCCGAGUGCUUCCCCGUCCCCGUCUCCUCCGGGGAUCCCGUGUUCGACGUCGCAGGGAGAACCUGCAUGGACUUUGUCAGAUCGGCCCCGGCACCCCAGUGCAAACUCGGCCCCAGGCAACAGUUGAACCAGGUAUCUGCGUUCAUAGACGGAUCGAUGAUUUACGGGACGGAGAAGAACGCGGCCGAGAAUCUGCGCGAGUUCAGGGGCGGCCGUUUGAGGAUGCAACUGACCCCCGACAAUCGAACCCUCCUGCCCCCUAGCACGGAUCCCAACGACGGCUGCAACCGUGAGACCGAGAGGCGCAGGGGGAGAUACUGUUUCGCGGCAGGGGACGCGAGGGCGAACGAGAAUCUUCACUUGACCACGAUGCACCUGUUGUGGGCCCGGCAGCACAACAGGGUGGCCGAGCGACUGGCGAGGAUCAACCCGUCGUGGGACGACCAGACGCUGUACGAGGAGUCGCGACGAGUGAUCGGCGCCCAAUUGCAACACGUCACGUAUCGGGAGUUCGUGCCAAUAGUUCUGGGCGAUGAGGAGACGGAUAAGAGGGAUCUGAGACCGCUGAGAUCUGGCCACAGAGAGGAGUGGAAAUUGGAUGACGCGACUGUCGAUCCGAGUAUAGCGAACAGUUUUGCCACGGCCGCCUUCAGAUUCGCCCACACCUUGUUGCCCGGAUUGAUGAGGAUGACCGACGAGAGGGCGGGCACCUCCUCCUAUGUGGAGUUGCAUCGGAUGCUGUUCAACCCUUACAGCCUGUACGCGGAGGGCGGGUUGAGGAGUUCCAUCGCAUCGGCGACCGGAAACGUGAUCCAGAUGACGUCCGCUCACGUCACGUCUCAGCUGACCAAUCACCUGUUCGAGGAUCCAAUCGCCAACACGAGCGUCCCAUGCGGCCUGGAUCUGGUCUCGUUGAAUAUACAGCGUGGAAGGGAUCACGGGCUCCCGGGUUACACAGCUUGGAGGGAAUAUUGCGGAUUGGGAAGGGUGGAAAGUUUCUCCGACUUGGAUGGCCACCUAGAUCCACGCACUCUCGAGGAUAUUUCGUCGUUGUACGAGUCCGUUCACGAUAUCGAUCUGUACACGGGCGCUCUGGCCGAGUUGCCUAACGCUGGCAGCAUCGUUGGAUCCACUUUCAUGUGCCUGAUCGCCGACCAGUUCGUCAGAUUGCAGAGGGGAGACAGAUUUUGGUACGAGCUGGGUGGACAACCUCAUUCGUUCACCGAAGAUCAACUUACCGAGUUGCGUAAGAUGUCGCUGGCGAGGUUGAUUUGCGACUGUUCGGAUGAGAUAGGACAGAUUCAGGCGGAAGUGAUGCGAGCAAUCGGUCCCGAGAAUCCCGUCAUCUCUUGCGAGGAUAUACCUGCGCCAUCUUACGAGCCGUGGAAGGAAAUCGAGCGAGAAUCGUUCAAUUGGACGGGUUUGAGGAACGAUAUUAACAACACGAUCGAAGAGAUCGUGGCUUAUAUCAACAAUUCCAGGACCAAUUUGGACAACGAUUGGGCAGCGUUUAAGAAUUACGUAAGCGAUACGUUUACCGAUCUUAGAAAUCAAUUGUCCGAGUUGCACCCAACGAACGAUAGCCAAGAAACCCAAACACCCAAAGAGAGAUCGGAUUUUGAAACUGGAGAAGCGUAUCGAUAUUGGAACGGUUUGAAAGGUAACGUGACGAGAUGGCUGAAUCGGUCUAUGAGGACGAUGACUGGCGGCCCAGCCGCGGUGACCAAGUGGAUGGCGUUUAAACGAAGCGUCGUCGAUCAGUUUGCCAAUUUGAAGGAACAGAUCGCGGCCACGAGGGCGGAUAUUGCGCCCAAAUUGGCGACGAAGAAGAGGUACGAGCAGGUUUCGAAUAGUUCGAGAAUGAGCGACGCGAUUCCGGCAAUCUUCGAUUGGAAGAACUUCAAGAGCAACAUAAUAUCCUCCUUGAACGACACUAUUACCAAUAUGAAAGACGACAAAAUGCCUCCUCCCAUCGAUGAUCAAGCUACGUCCAGAGGCGACAAGGAUUCUGCGUUCGAAAUCGAUAGCCAAAGAUCCGUCGAGCAGGAAUCAAACGUGUCCUCCGAUUGGUUGGCGUACAAAGAUCAGAUCGUCAAAACGGUGAACGAGAUCGUGGAUAAAAUCAAGAAUGGAAUGCCUCCCCCCGGCGAUCCAGCUUGGGCCACGUACAGAAACGAGAUUAUCAAAAGUUUCUCCAACUUCGAGACCAUCCCUCCGUCAUUGGAACGCGCCACGUUGUUCAAUGCCAAGGAAAACGUUCCUUUUCAUGGUUCAUCAGUUGUUACGAGUAACGACGUGUCCAAUCUGACUCUCGAUUGGUCAGAGUUCAGGGCCCGAAUCAACGAUUCCGUGACCAGGAUGAUGGAGGAUAUUCUGAGCAAGAGACCUACGGAGAUCGAUCCGAUCGCUUGGGCAACGUUUCGAGUUAUGAUUAGAAAUGAAUUCGCGGGGUUGAGAAGCGAGAUUGGGAGCAUUAAAGACGAGUGGCUGGAAACUGACAGAGGAGAAAAUUCGUCGAACCUUCGAGCAAACUGGUUCGAAUAUAAUUAUUCCGAUCCGUUCGUCGUUCCAUCGAGGGAGGAAUGGGACGAGUUUAAGAAAGGGAUCAACGAUACCGUGAUGAAUAUCCUGAUCAUCGCCAAUUCGUCCGACGAGUUCAGUUUCGACGAGCUUCACGGGAUGUUCAAUCGAUCUUUCGCCGAUCUUAAGAAUCAGCUGUCGUCUUUGAGAACGUUGAUCGAGGAGACUUACAAUAACGAGACGGCCGCGGAUUGGCUCAUCUUCCAAGCUCAAUUGAAUUCCACGGUUAAGUAUCUGGUCGACGGUUUGACGGCGAACGACGAAUUGUCCAUCGAAGAUGCGACGGACGUGUUGCUGAAGGCAGAAGAUGAGUUGUCGAAUGUUCGAUUGCCGGCUAAUUCGGCCGCGAUCCCGCCAACCGAUUGGAUUCGAUACGCGUCUCACGUGAACAAAACGAUCUCGGACGCUCUGAGAAACAUCAACGAAACUGGAAGGAAUCAUCAUGGAACGAUGAUGCUCAGAGCGGAAGAGACGGUAGUAACGUCAUCCUCGUCGUCCAACGAUCCUGAGAAAAUCAGAACGAAUUGGUUAAUCGUUCCUUGCCUUCUUGCCUCGUUCGCAACGGUAUCAAAGUUCCAAAUUCGCGUGUAAAUUUUUCUUUAUUUUAAUCACUGUAUAUAUUCUAUUGUUUAUAGAAACAGACUUUUAUUAUAUUAUAUACUAACCAAGACAAGAAUGAGAAUAUAUAGGAAGAAUGGAAGAGAAAGUGACAGUGUUAAUUCAAAAGUUCCUUUUCUAAGAUUCUACUUCUAAAAAAAAAGAAAAAAAAAAAAUGGUCAACGUAUGACACUCCGAUGGAUUUUGAUAUUCUCUCAACAAUAUUUGAAAAUUAUCAAAAUCCAUCCAAGGGGAGGUUUCGAAAAAAGUUCUAACUUAAUUCUAAUAUAAUUAAUUAAUUGAUCGAUUAAUCAAUAAUAAUAAUAAA